UCCCAAAUCUCAUCAUUUUCCAUUUUCUUUUUAGUUAAGUCUCUCUCUCUCUCUCUCUCUCUUCAAAUCUAUACCGCGAAUCCAAAUUUCAGUUUCGUCCGUUGCCGCUCUCUUCGUUCUUGUUCGUGAAAACAAAGAAACCAAGAUUUGAAAAACCCUGAACAUAGUUCGUUCCCACGUUUCUUGAACUAAAUCUCAGAUCUAUAUGUAAUUCAUGGGUAGAAAACCAGAAUGAGUAUAUGCCAAGCCUUUUCCUCCAAAAAGUGUUCUGUACAAAGUCAUCAGAUCUAUCCGAGUCUUCCUCACUCACUCUUUUUACAUUCAUGAUCGAUUUAUGGAGUUUUGAAUCCAAGAGUGGUUAUAUUAUAUCUGGAGGUUUGCAGAUUGAAGAAGGUCUGUUGUCACUGUAGUUCUGUAUUUGGUUUUGAACCUGCACUUGAAUGCUGCAGUUUGAGGUGGUGGAAAGGGUAUAUUUGGAUGGGGGAAGCUGAAGGAGAAGUUUGUGUAGCCGUGAUGAAUGAUGGGAUAACGGAAAUGGAGAGCUCAGUGACGGCUGAACUGAAGCGUAAUUGCGAAUGGAUUGUGGAUGGUACUGAAAAAGUGCCGCGUGCGAAGAAGCACUUGAUAGAAGCUUCUAAUGACACUGAAACUGGAUUAGAGCCUAGUGCUGAGAUUCCAACAGAAGAAGCCCAGUGCAAUACCAGGUUAGAACCUAUUGCUGAAAGUCCAGAUGAAGAUUAUGUCAACAUUGCUUUAUCAGAGCCUUGUGCCGAAAGUAACGAAAAAAAGGCUUUUGAUGGUCAAUGGGAAAAUUCUGCUCAAGCUGUGAGAAAGGAGGAUUCUAGUGACACUAGUUUGGAACCUUGUCAUGGAUUAGAACACUGUGACCAAAGGCAUACAAAGCAAGCUUCCAGUGAUAAUAAGGAAGUAGUUUUACGUGAUAGGAAGCACACCAAUGAGGUACCGGAUGAUAUUGAAAUGGAGAAUGGGGUAAAAGAAGCUUCUAAUGAAGACAUGUUUUCGGAAGUUUCAAAUCCAAAUUUGUCUCCUAGGGAAAUAACUUCUAGUAGUAAAAAAAUUGGUAUUCAGUCUACUGAACCGGGAGGCAUUAAAAUACAAGGUGGUUGUGGAGAGGUUUCAUCUCUUUGUUCUGGGAAUUCUAGUGCCGAGGAAAGUUUGAAUGAAGAAGAGCAUAGUGGGAAUGAUGGAUCAGGAGAAGUUUCCACGUCUUGUGUUGUACUUGAAAUCCCUGAGCACGUUAGCACGACUGGUAUCAGGAAGAUCACGUUAAAGUUCAGCAAACGCAAAGAUGAACACGAAAACAUUUCAUAUCUUUCGGCUGCUCAGCCUGAACCUGGGGAAUAUGGUUUUGGCUACCCUGAAGUCCAUGCACAUAGUACCACUGCAGUUGCCAGUGUGAAUAGAGAUGUGUAUCUUAACACGUACAGGAGACCUUUCCAUGAAACAAGAGUUCCCUUCUUAUCCACUCCUAAUAAGGAGUUGAAGAUGUCCAAGAAGGUAGUUCCAGACAACUAUCCAGCAAAUGUAAAGAAACUUUUAUCUACUGGAAUCUUGGAAGGAGCACGAGUAAAGUACAUUUCAAUGAAUGGAGAGAGAGAGCUUUCUGGAAUCAUUAGAGAUGGUGGAUAUCUGUGUAGCUGUUCUUUGUGCAAUUUUUGUCAAGUUUUAAGUGCGUAUGAGUUCGAGCUGCAUGCAGGCGCAAAAACUAGACACCCUAACAACCACAUAUAUUUGGCGAAUGGUAAACCUGUUUAUAGUAUCAUUCAGGAACUGAAGACUGCACCUCUCAGCAUGAUAGAUGAAGUGAUAAAAGGUGUUGCUGGCUCUUCAGUAAAUGAGGAAAACUUCCAAGUCUGGAAAGCAAAUCUUCAGCAAAACAAUCUGGUGGCCACUUCCCAUGUGAACACGCACGAUCAACUUUCUGAUACCUAUUACUCUGAUACAAGUUGCCCGAACCGAAUGGUGAAAGACAAGUUCACUCCAGCUUCUGGUUCCUGCACUACCAACAAUUACUUAAAUCUGGACAGCCAUACAGAGGCAGAACAUCGGAAGCGUGUGAUAAAAAAACCAGGAUGGUUACUUGCUAGCUCCGAUGUUGAGGAUAAGAAAUGUAGUGAAGGUGGUUUAAAGAAAAGGGAUAAUGACCUACAUAGACUACUUUUUAUGCCAAAUGGACUUCCAGAUGGGACUGAUUUAGCUUAUUAUUCGAAGGGAAAGAAAAUUCUUGGGGGCUACAAGCAGGGGAAUGGAAUAGUCUGCAGUUGUUGUCAUUCGGAGAUUAGUCCAUCACAGUUUGAGGCUCAUGCUGGUUGGGCAGCUAAACGUCAACCAUAUCGCCAUAUUUAUACUUCAAGCGGCUUGACACUUCAUGACAUAGCGUUAAUGUUGGCAAAUGGCCGAAAUAUUGCCAAUAGCAACAGUGAUGAUAUGUGUGCUGUCUGUGGUGAUGGAGGAGAGUUAAUAAUAUGUGAUGGAUGUCCACGUGCUUUUCAUCCAGCUUGUUUGUGUUUGCAGUCUGGCCCUACCAGUGGUUGGCAUUGCCCAUAUUGUUUAGACAAAUCUUUCCCUGCUAGAAAAGCUCCGGGUAGGCCUUCCAUUGCACGCCAAACCAGGGUGGUUAAAGCACCACAAUCUGUUGGUGGUGGUUGUGUUGUUUGCAGGACACCGGACUUCAGUGUUGCUAAAUUUGAUGACCGAACAAUUCUGCUAUGUGACCAAUGCGAGAAGGAAUACCAUGUUGGGUGCUUAAGGGAAAGAGGUCUGUGUGAUCUGAAGGAACUGCCUAGGGAUAAAUGGUUUUGUUGCAAUGACUGCAAUAUGAUCUAUACGGCACUUCAGAAUUUUGUUCUUAAUGGAGCUGAGGUGGUUCCUUCUUCAGUGUCUGCUAAAAUAAGUAAGAAGCAUGAAGAGAAAGGCCUUGCUAGUGUGACUGCCAAUGAUGUUCAAUGGCGAAUUUUAAGUGGCAAAAGUCGUUUUCCAGAACAUCUACCUUUACUUUCCAGAGCUGCAGCCAUCUUCCGAGAGUGUUUUGAUCCUAUUGUUGCCAAAUCUGGUCGAGAUCUCAUUCCGAUUAUGGUGUAUGGGAGAAACAUAUCUGGACAAGAAUUUGGUGGAAUGUACUGCAUUCUUUUAAUUGUGAAGUCUGUGGUGGUUUCAGCUGGUCUUCUCAGGAUUUUUGGACGAGAGGUUGCUGAGCUUCCUUUAGUGGCCACAAGUAGAGAUAAUCAAGGAAAGGGUUAUUUCCUAGCAUUGUUUUCAUGCAUUGAGAGGCUACUGUUUUCCAUGGAUGUUAAAACGCUGGUGCUCCCUGCUGCUGAGGAAGCUCAGUCCAUCUGGACUAAGAGAUUAGGCUUCAGAAAGAUGAGCAAUGUGCGGGUGUCAAGGUAUACAAGGGAACUCCAGUUUACGGUUUUCAAGGGGACAACUAUGCUAGAAAAGGAGGUACAGUGGGCUGGACAGUAAUUUUGUCUGUCUCUCAGACAUACACGAAGCUGGAAGAUGAACCUUGUCUUUUGGCGUUUGGUGACAUUUAUGGCCAUACAACCUUGGUGAUAGAUGGGCAUACACCGUUGUUCAAAUGAUAUUUAUGUUAAAAAUUGUGGUGCAGGAAAUAGCAAGUUAAUCUCAUAUGUUCAUCCUAUACAAAGCAGAGUGAAGGUCCUCUAAGUUGAUCCUUGACAAUGCAUCAAUACCUGGGGAAAGUUGAUCAAUAGGGGACAGGGACAACGAUAUCAGGGGCAGGUUGAAGCCCUUAAAAACUGAUCUCGUGGUUAUAUUCUUUUUGCAGUUUGCUAGGAGAUUUAGAAUCAGCAAUUUUGUUUUGCAUUUUUCUAUAGGAAUUAUCCUUUUCAUUGUAAUAUUGCAGUUCGUUUGUUCUUGCCAUUGUAGUUCUGAGUUUUGCCCCAUGGAUAGACAAAUAGCAAAAGAGGGGGAGUUCAUUCAGAACGUUGGAGCAUGCUGACCUUUUAAUAUGCAUGCCCUCGGCGAACAAUGCUUGUUUUGGUUUUGGUUCAAGUAUUGCAACUACCUUGUGGAUAUGUACAUAAAAACGUCAGUUUGGCGCUUGUUGUUC